UAAUGACUUCCCAUAUUAUUUAUUCAAAGACCCAUUUGCUUCUUCUUUAGUUUAAUAUCACUGCAAUCCUAUUUUCUGCUUUCCCAGUCUUCCUUGUAUGCUGGGGAAAAAAUCUCACGGUUCCUUCCAUUGAGCAGCAAGUUUAGCUCGCCUAAACCUUUCCUACCUGGCUUCUGCAGUGCUUUUUACCUACCAUACUGACUCAUAAUAGUCGCCUCUUCCGUUCCAACCUUACAGAAUCAACGAGUCUCCCUUUUCUGUGUCCCCUGUGCCUAGCAGCAUCAGCUGAGGUUAACCCAAAUGGCUCUCACAUCACUGAAAACAGGCAGCAGCUGCUCCCAUCUCUCUUUUUUACAGGGGCUCUUUUCUUCCCCCGUACUUCAAAAACCGCCAACAUAACAAGCCCCUAAAGGCAGGGCUGUGCAAGACCUGCUCUAGCAUUCAGAGAACUAAUGACAUUGGAAGACAUUAAUUCUCUCAACCAUCAGGUCAUGGAGGUCCAGGACUCACGGAACCUCUUCGAACGAGGUCCCAAAGUCCACAGCUCCGCUGGCAUCUUCAUCCCACGCUGCGGACAUAUCAAGUUCAGGGGGCUCGAACCUGAAGGCCGGACGGGAAGGUGGAGGCUUCGCCACAGGGUCGUUUCCUGCGCGUGCCGGGCCUCCGGAAGUGUCCGAAUCUCGGGAACCGGCGGCCCAGAACCACGUGACCACGUAAGCCCCUCUCGUUUCCCAAAGGCACUCCGGAAUCAAGGCACCUAAGUCCCGUCACUGUCAGCUCCAGCCGCAGGCUCCAGGUUCCUACUGCCCGCCCUCCGGAAGUGACGGAGGGAAGUCCCUCCUCCCGCAGAGGACGGGCAAGAAAGAUGGCGGCGCCCAGGAGCCGGUGAGGGUUGAGGGUACGGGGAUCCCGGGGCCGUCGAGCUGGAGCGUUAUGGCCGCGUCCCCGCACACUCUUUCUUCGCGCCUCCUCACAGGUUGGGUAGGAGGAUGUGUCUGGUAUGUAGAGAGGAGAGCUACGCGGGAAUCCCCACACAAGUUCAUGCAGCUUUUCAGGACUGUCAAUAAGCAGUGGAUCGCAUUUCAGCACUUCACGUUCCUCGGGCGUAUGUAUGUCACACAGCUGAACAGGAGCCUUAGCCAGCAAGUGAAACCAAAGUCAGAGCCCGUGGCAUCGCCUUUCCUUGAAAGCACAUCCUCAGGUCAGGCCAAAGCAGAGGUGGGUGAGGUGAGGGCGCUCUUACCCCCUCGUCUGCCUCUCUCCCGGAAGCCAGAGGAGAAGCUGAUAGAACUUGAGUCUGCCUCUGUAGUUGAACACUCCAUUGAUGUGGGGAAAGAGACAAAAGAAGAAAAACAAUGGAAAGAGAUGCAGCUUCACAUGGAUGAUCUGCCUGGCAUUUUGGCCCGACUCUCCAAGAUCAAGCUUACAGCUCUGGUCGUAAGCACCACAUCAGCAGGAUUUGCAUUGGCUCCAGGCCCUUUUGACUGGCCCUGCUUCUUACUUACUUCCCUUGGAACAGGCCUUGCAUCCUGUGCUGCCAACUCCAUCAAUCAGUUUUUUGAGGUGCCGUUUGACUCAAACAUGAAUAGAACAAAAAACAGGCCCCUCGUGCGUGGACAGAUCAGCCCAUUGCUAGCUGUGUCCUUUGCCACCUGCUGUGCUAUCCCAGGAGUGGUUCUUCUGACCUUGGGUGUGAAUCCACUCACAGGAGCCCUUGGGGUCUUCAACAUUCUCUUGUAUACCUGUUGUUACACACCACUAAAGAGGAUCAGCAUCAUCAACACAUGGGUCGGAGCUGUGGUUGGAGCCAUCCCACCUGUCAUGGGCUGGACAGCAGCAACUGGCAGCCUCGAUGCUGGAGCACUUCUUCUGGGAGGGAUCCUGUACUCCUGGCAGUUCCCCCAUUUCAACGCCCUGAGCUGGGGCCUCCGUGAAGACUACUCUCGAGGAGGCUACUGCAUGAUGUCUGUCACCCACCCGGGCCUGUGCCGGCGCGUGGCACUGCGCCACUGCCUGGCCCUGAUCGCCCUGUCCACUGCUGCUCCUGUCCUGGACGUCACCACGUGGACCUUCCCCAUCAUCUCCCUCCCCAUCAACCUAUACAUUUCCUACCUCGGCUUCCGCUUCUAUGUGGAUGCGGACCGCAGGAGCUCCAGGAAACUGUUCUUCUGCAGCCUGUGGCACCUGCCGCUGCUCCUGCUGCUCCUGCUCACCUGCAAGCGGAGGCCAGAUCCAAAGGGCAACCAGGGCGAGGCUCCGAGCUGAGAGCUAGCUGGUCUGUGGGGAACUCGAGAGCAGAAUGCCUGCAGAGACACACAGCUCUGUCUGUGCCAGUAGGAAGGGCAUGUUGGUAUUCUAGAGUGCGAGAGGAGAAAUCGAUGGUAUCAAUACCUGACGGUAAAUCAUUCGGUGCUCAAUCAUUGCUUAACAGUUUUUUAAUAAUCCCCAAACUGCCUCCCAAAUAAAUGGGUUGGCUUAGUCAGUUAAUAUAAAGAUAGAGUAUUUCUGUUUGAAGGACUUUAUGCAUCUUUCCCUUCAGCCCCACGUGCUAUGUGUUUGCUCAUAUGAUACACAUGUUCAUCUUCUUUACCCCUACACACACACACACACACACACACACACACACCACACAUACACACCACCUGAAGCCCCACUUCAGGCCAUUGCGCUAGGCAGGUCAGGACUUGUAACCCACCUCUGUAGUUCUGCAUCCUGAGGCCCCCUGCAGGCUGCCUCAGAAGGGCACAUGCUAAGGCCAUAAUACCCCUUCACUGCCAAUGAGAUAGGGCCCCAGCCAGCUUUCUCCGCCCCACACAUAUCCCCUGCUACAUAGCCCCUAAAGUAACAGAACACCCUGAGAUGGGCCACUACACAUCGGGAGUGAGGAUUCUAGACUGCCACCUGGAGAGUCCCAGGCUACACUGCCAGCCCCUAUCCUCAUCACCCUCACACCCAUUCUGUAUCAGGAUUUCAGAAACUCCAGGGAAUAAAAGGCAUCUUUAUAGCCCACUUUAAAAUACAGGCACCGUCUGAAGCAUUUCUUUAUGGAAGGGUAGCACUCAGUGUAAUUUCUGACCCCAUGAAAGUAUCUCUUCAGUCCUGCUAUGGAUGUCCGCUCCUCUGUACUGAGAGCCUUUUCAGAACUGUAUGAAAGACAAAGUGAGCCAGGCAAGUAGCACACAUCCCUCCCAUUCUUGUUCCUUUUGUGCAAAUACCUUUUCCAUCCUGGUACCUCCUGAGUCCAGAAUCACCUCCAUGUAUAUGGUGGCAAUGGGUGCAGUUCUAAGUCUUUAGUCUACAGAGACCCGCUACCUUAAGGCCUUGGAACUCGGAAGGGUGUUUUAAUUCUGCCAUCUCCCAGGAUACUGUGCCCUGUUGGGAUUCACUCAAAGGGUUUAAGCAACAGGAAAACGGUUCUUUUGUUUAGGCCUGUUCUCUCAAAAAACGUAAAAGGCUUGGGGUGUGACCCAGCGGCAGAGCACUUCCGGGUUCAAGUUUGAUCUCAAGCACUAUGCCCCCUCCCCCAAACACACACAGUGUGUAAAGUAACUGCAGAUGGCACCGAUAGAUACCUCUUUCUGCAUAUCUGGAAUGUUACCUCUAGGCCAAGUCCUGGUUAUUUACUGCAGAAAUGGGGAUGGGAAUGUCUGUAAAGAGUGUCUGCAACUUUUUUUGCAACCUUUAAAUUUGUAAAGUGUGUUGAUUCUCAUGCCACAAUAAAAGUGAGAAGAACAGGAUCCUGUAUGUCAGGAUAUUACUCAGCACAGUCCAACACUGACCUCCACUCUGCAUGCCAGAGGAAGGCUGCAUGGUACGUGGGUAAUUCCCUCUUUCUUUUUGUUAACUGUAAAUAAGCAAAUUAUACUCAUAGGUAUUUAUAGAGCACAGAGUGAUAACGAUUUGUGGAUCCAACAUGGAAUAACUCAGUUUUGGAAAUUAACACAGCCAGCAUCUCAGGCACCAUUUUUAUGAUGUGAACAUCUGAAAUUUAGUGAUUUUGAAGUGUACAAUGUGUUAGUGUUUACUGCUUUUUUUUCCUCUCUUUUGGUUUUGUUGUAGUUUUGAGGCAGGGUCUCAUAUAGCCCAGGAAUGACCUUGAACUCCUGAUCUCCUAUGUCUACCUCCCAAGUUCUGGGAUUACAGGUAUGCACCUCCACACCAGCUUGAUUGUGUAGAGUCCACACAGAAGUGAGAUCCCCUUCCAUUGGCCUUUCCCUGCCUGGAUUACCUCACUUCCUCCCCAUUUCCAUCUAUACCGUUAUAGAUGUCAGAAAUUCGACAUUUUUAUGUGACUAUUCUGUUGUAUGUGUUGGCCAUGUUUUCUUUAUCUGUUGGUUACUACUGCUGUCACAAAGACCAACCUCUUAACUGCUUGAUCCUCAGACUGUAGUGCUGUUGGGAGGUGAUGAUAGAGCUGCAGACAUAGAGCAUAGAAUGAGGUCUUCUGGUGUUUGGAGCCCUUGAAGGGGUAGUGGGACUCCAGCUCCAUCUGCCACUUACUCAUGAUUUGCUGCCCUGCCACAGGCCCAAAAGCAGUGGCCCAACCAGCUACGGCCUGACACCUCCAGAACUAUAAGCCAAAAUAAACCUUUCCU